CGCUCUCUGUCGUCACGGCGUGAUGCUUUCUUUCUCUCUCUACCUUAACGCCUCUCUCUCUCUCUCUCUCUCUUCCCAUUCCCGCGUAGCACUUCGUACUCUACCUUUGCUUAGUACGCGCCCUCUCUCUCUCUUCUGCAAUAAGUAUAUAUAACUCAUCGCAGUUUCUGGGUUCUUUCUGGUUAUCUUCGAAGUCAUCCUUUGCUUCUUAUUCUCUCUCUAGCAUUUUGCUUCUUAUUCUCUCUCUGUCGUUCUCUAUUUUUCAGUGGCCCAAUUUCAAGGGGUGCUUGUCUCUCUAGCAUCUUAUUCUCUCUCUAGACCCUUGUGCUUCCUGUUCUCUUGUGGUUUGCUUCGAAUUAUCUCCUUUUCUCUCUCUAGACCCUUGUGCUUCCUGUGUUCUCCGCUCUUUCUGGUCACCUUCGUGGUCGUCCUCGUUUGUUAUCUUCUCUAGCCAGCCUCUGCUUCUUACUCUCUCUAGCAUUCUCUUCUUUUCAGUGUCCAAAUUUCAAUCCGUCUCUACUGCUUUCUAGGUUUCUGUAGCGUUCUCUGCUUCUCUCUCUAGAUUCUUGUGCUUCCUGCUCUGUUGUUUUGGGCUUGUAAUUUUCUUCCCAGGGUCUUGUGCUUCUCGUUCUUGUUCUCUUGUUUCUGAUUGGUGUGUGCCUCUCAUUCUCUUCUCUGCGAUCCUCUGCUUUUUACUCUUGGUUUUCUCUUUUUCUCUCUCUAGGAUCUCUCUGUCAUCUUGUUCUUUGUUUGCCGCAAACAUGCCUAGACGCUCCAAAAAAACUCAACAACCUGAAGACCCUAAUAAACCCGUAGGCGGAGCUCUGCAUCCUCCUCAGGCCUCUGUUUCUUCAUCAACUAGAGCUCCGCCAGCUUCUCAGACCUCUGCUGCUUCAUCAACUAGAGCUCCGCCAGCUUCUCAGACCUCUGCGGCUUCAACUAGAGCUCCGCCUCCUCCUCAUUCGUCUAGUACUAGAGCUCCGCCAGCUUCUCAGACCUCUGCUGCUUCAUCAACUAGAGCUCCGCCAGCUUUUCAGACCUCUGCGGCUUCAUCAACUCGGGCUCCGCCUCCUCCUCAUUCGUCUAGUACUAGAGCUCCGCCUCCUCCUCAUUCAACUAGUACUAGAGCUGCGCCUCUUCAUUCGUCGUCAGCUAGUGGUCCUUCUGAGAUCUCUGUUUCUGUUUCUUCAUUAGUCGGAGCUCCGGUCUCUACUUCUGCAUCAACAGGAGCUCUGGUUUCCUCUUCUCAGAGCUCAGAUCAGCUUCUUGAGCGACUUACAAUUUCAGAUCCACUGCCGCGAUCUAGUAAAGCUCUGGUGCCUCCAAGGCGGCCAGGCUAUGGAAGGGCUGGUGAUCGCUGUGUAGUCAAUGCUAACCAUUUUCUGGUUCAGCUCUCGUGCAAUGAGAUUGUCCACUACGAUGUUACGAUUACUCCUGAGGUUCGGUCGAUGGAAAGGAACAGAAUCAUUAUCAGUGACCUGAUUCGCUUGCACAAGGAUUCACUAGGAAGAAGGUUGCCUGCAUAUGAUGGCAGGAAAUGUCUCUAUACUGCAGGGCCUCUUCCUUUCGCUUCCAAGAAUUUUACUAUCAAAUUGUCUGAUGAAGUGGCUGGUUCUAGUACCUUGCAGAGGCGAGAAAAAGAGUAUACAGUGACAAUCCGGUUUGCUGCUAUUGUUCCUAUCGAUCAUCUGCGUCAGUUCCUGCAAGGAAGACAAUUAGACUGCCCUAAAGAGGCAAUACAAGCCCUUGAUGUGGUUUUAAGGGAGCUACCUACAAGAAACUAUAUUCCUGUUGGUCGGAACUUCUAUUCACCUAAAUUGGGUAAGAUAGAAAAGAUGCCAGAUGGGUUAGAAUGCUGGAGAGGAUAUUAUCAGAGCAUUCUACCCAAACAGAUGGGUUUAUCUCUUAAUAUUGACAUGUCAUCGACUUCCUUUUAUGAUCCAAUUCCUGUAAUCGGCUUUGUCUGUAAUCUUUUGAAACAGGAUUACCCCAAACAGUUAUCUGAUCAGGAAAGAGUGAAGGUAAAGAAGGCCCUCAGAGGGGUCAAUAUCAAGGUCACCCAUACGAAGAGGAGAUAUCGAGUUUCUGGUGUAACUCAGGAAUCAACAAGUCAGUUGGUGUUCCAUAAUGAGGAGCAAGGCACCGAUACAACUGUGGUUAAGUACUUCAUGGAAAAGUACAACAUUCGUCUUAAACAUGUCUAUUUGCCUGCUCUAGAAGUUGGUAAUGGGAGGAGAGCAAUACACAUUCCCAUGGAGCUUUGUGAAAUUGUGGAGGGACAACACUACAAGAAGAAGUUGAAUGAGAAGCAGGUGACUGCUCUAUUACGAGCUUCAUGUCAACGUCCUCGUGAUCGUGAGCAAAAUUGCAUCAAUAUGAUUAGAAAGAAUAGAUACCCUGAUGACCCUUAUGCUAGGGAAUUCGGUAUUAGAGUCAGUGAAAACAUCACAACUGUUGAAGCUCGUGUGUUGCGUCCUCCUAUGUUAAAGUAUCAUGAAACAGGAAAAGAGAGACACUGCACUCCACGUACGGGUCAGUGGAAUAUGAUUGACAAGAAAAUGGUCAAUGCCGGAGCUGUCCCCACUUGGGCCUGUGUAAACUUCUCGAAACUAUACCCUAAUGCGGUUGAAAGUUUUUGUGAUGAGCUGGUUGCUAUAUGCAGAAGAUUGGGCAUGGAGUUCAAUCCGAGGCCAGUUAUUCCUUUUGCAAAUGCCCGUCCAGAGAAUGUUGAGCGUCUAUUAGACCAUGUGCAUGGCAGAACAUCAAAAACUCGACCUAUUUUGCUGAUUGUAAUCCUACCUGAUGUAACUGGAUCAUUAUAUGGCCAGUUGAAAUGCUUAUGUGAGACAAAGUAUGGGAUUAUCUCACAAUGCUGCAAGCCAAAACAUGUUACCAAACCUAACAGGCAGCAGUAUCUUGAGAACGUCGCUUUGAAAAUUAAUGUCAAGGUGGGUGGUCGAAAUUCUGUGCUCAUUGAUGCAGUACAAAAAAGAAUUCCUAUGGUGACAGACCAGCCAACAAUAAUAUUUGGUGCUGAUGUCACCCAUCCUCAACCAGGGGAGGACUCGAGUCCUUCCAUUGCAGCGGUUGCGGCUUCACAAGAUUGGCCAGAGAUCACAAAAUAUAAGGUCAUGGUUUCAACUCAAGCCCAUCGGAGGGAAAUAAUCACUGAUUUGUACACUUGUCAGCAUCUUCCAACUGGACUUGUACAUGGUGGUAUGAUUCGGGAGCUUCUGAUUUCGUUCUGGAGAGAAAACAGAUUGAAGCCUCAGCGGAUCAUCUUCUAUAGAGAUGGAGUUAGUGAGGGCCAGUUCGCUCAAGUCUUGCUUGAAGAGAUGGAUGCAGUCCGCAAGGCCUGUGCUUCAUUGGAGGUGGGUUAUCUGCCUCCUGUGACUUUUAUUGUCUGUCAAAAGCGACAUCGCACCCGAUUGUUCGCGAAUAAUCACAACAACCAGAGUUCAGUCGAUAGGAGUGGGAAUGUUUUACCUGGUACUGUGGUUGAUACGAAAAUUUGCCACCCAACCGAAUUUGAUUUCUUUCUGUGUAGUCAUGCUGGUAUACAGGGUACCAGCAGGCCUGCUCACUAUCAUGUUCUCUUUGAUGAGAACAACUUUACUGCUGAUGGCCUUCAAAGCCUAACCAACAAUUUGUGUUAUACAUAUGCGCGUUGCACCCGCUCAGUUUCUAUAGUUCCUCCAGCUUAUUAUGCACACCUUGGUGCAUUUCGAGCAAGGUAUUACUUGGAUCCAAAUCUCUCAGACAGUGGGUCGGUUGCGGAUAGGGGUAACAGAGAGGCGGGGGAUGUUGCUAUAAGGCGUCUACCUGAUAUCCAUAACGACGUUAAGAAUGUGAUGUUUUUUUGUUGAUUUUAGGGGUUGGUAACUGACGAAGCCAAUUUCUUCAAAGGUUUGAAAACUUGAAUUUCAUUUAGAUCCUCUCAAGAGUUGAAUGCAUGAUAGCGAUGUCAUGUCUUGCUUUUGUUGUUGAUAUGCACAGAGUCUGUUUUGGGUUUUUGUAAAUUUUUAUUUUUGAAGGUCUUGUAAAUGAUCCAUAAAAAUUGUGAAUUGUACUUUUUUUAAGAUCUUGUAAAUGAUCCAUUUUUGUGAAUUCUACUUUUUUUAAGAUCUUGUAAAUGAAGAUCUUGUAAAUGAUCCAUUUUUGUGAAUUCUACUUUUUUUAAGAUCUUGUAAAUGAAGAUCUUGUAAAUGA